AGCUAGGCUUUAUAUAUUUAUUUGUUUAAAGCUUAUUAAAAUCCUAACCCAGUCUUCUCUUCACGAUGGCGGUGCUGUUGGAGUCUCCUGAUGCCUGUGUGGGCUGCAGACGAGUAUCUGCAUAUGUGUGAGGGUGUGUGUGUGUGUGUGUGUGUGUGUGUGUGUGUGUGUGUGAUAUGAAUGUGUAUUUAUAUCCAGCUAUGAUUACCAGUGUAUUUGUGCAUCCCCAUGCUCAUAUGUGCAUGUCUGGGGGUGGACUGGGUGUGUAUGUGUGUCUGAGUGUGUGAUCCUGGGUGUGGGUUGAGCUGAUGUGUUUAUUUAUGUGUGUGUCACUAGUCACGAGCAUGAGUAGUGUGUCUUGUACAUCUUCACCCCUGUCGGUGGUGAGCACGUUUUUCAGUCUGUUUUUUUCUUGUCACCCCACAAGGAACCUUUGUAGAUUGUUUUUCUCUAACCAUGUCUGAAAUUUCAAUACACUGUGCACUGUGUGUCUGUUUUGCAUAGCUUGUAUAUCUGUGCAUUAUAAAAAGAGACUUCUCCUAGCCUCCAUGAGCUGCCUUCCUUCUUGUCUUAGCUAGGGUUUGACUGCUGUGAACAGACACCAUGACUAAGGCAAUUCUUAUAAGGGACAACAUUUAAUUGGGACUGGCUUACAGGUUCAGAGGUUCAGUCCAGUAUCACUAAGGCGGGAAGGAACCAGGCAGAUGUGAUGUAGGAGGAGCUGAGAGUUCUACAUCUUCAUCUGAAGGCUGCUAGCAGAAUACUGGCUUCCAGGCAGCUAGGAUGAGGGCAUUAAAGCCCACACCUACAGUGACACACCUACUCCAACAAGGCCACGCUCACUCCAACAGGGCAACACCUCCUAAUAGUACCACUCCCUGGCCCAAGCAUAAACAAACCAUCACACUCCUUGAGGGUUGGGCCAUACUAUUGAAGUUCCCGCUUUGAGGCACAUGACUUCCUCUUCCCUUUCCUGUCCAUGUGAGUGCAGGGUCCCAAUUCUCCAGGGCUCACCAGAGACCUCUUAACAUAGAUUUCUGUAGGAGGAUUGGAUCUGGGGAGCGGGGUAGUUAGUCAGAAUACAUUGUAUGCCUGUAUGAACUUCUCAAAGGAUUAAUACAAGUGUUUUAUAUUAAAAACAAGAAGCAAAGGCUUCUAAAAAACAAACAAUCCAAAAUGCCCAGAGGUUUCUCAACACCCAGUCAAAAGACUUGGGGAAGACCAGGAACUCAGUUUCUACGAGUUUCUGUGUUAUUCUGAAGGGAGAGCUCUGGUGCCUCCAUGAAAGGACCAUCCAGUUUGAAUGGAGAGCAUCUGCCUGGAGUCACUGGAGAAUGUGGAUGUCAGCCAUAAAGAAUGAGGUCGAAGCCUCAUUCUUAGGAUCUCUGUCUACACCAACACUGUCUCUGCGAAGUGGGAGCUUCCCAAAUAAAGCUGCUGGCUAGACAGAGCCCAUCUCCUGCCUAAAGACACAUGAAACAUAUAAGAGGUGUGUCUCCAAGACCAAGACACUUUGCUGGAGUCAGGGACAAACACAGACCCAGGUGUCUGCAGUCCCAUUUCUAUCUGUUGCACAAGGCAAUGGAUGUCCUUUGUGCUGACACAAGUCUUGCUUCUGUGAACCCCAGUCUCUGCCCAGCUCUGGAGAGGGACACAGUGCGGCACAAGAACAGGUGAUAGGAGCUGUCCUCCACUCUGCCUCCCAGAGUAGCCCUGAGAUUGCAGUAGGCAGCCUCUGACCUCUGCUGGAAGUUUCCAAGGACCUGGCAGCAAAACCAAUCCAAAUAGAAGAGCCCUACCUGGCCCUGCCCUCUGGUAUUGGAGAGAAAAGCAGUGCCUUUGGAAGGCUGGAGCAGUGCCAAGCUUCAGGCCUGGGUGUCUGAGUAUCAGAGCACAGGGGACCGAUUGAUGCAGUAUGGGCAGAACUCCAGCACAGGCUGAUGGGAGCCUGGAAGAGGGAGGGAGCAGUGAGGAGCCCAGGAGUGUGCUGGCGAGGCUGGGAUCAGAGGUGUGUGUGUGAGAGAAUGGCAGUGUGCAAGGGAAGCAUGGGGUGUGUGUGGGAAAGAUGGAGGGAGGUGGGGGCAGAAAGGGGUGCUGUGGUCAGGGAGUGAGAAAGGCAUCUUCUUCCUUCUCUUAAGCUUUUAAAGUAUCAGAGCGUCUUGCUAAUUGUUCAUCUCCCAGAGACGCUAAUGAAAUUAUUUCUGCGAAAUACUCAUCAGGUCAUCUGCAGAGGGCACGGUGCCAAGCUUCAGAUCGGUCCAAUCCCCCUCCUCCUUCCUGCGCUUCCUGCCCCCUCCUUUUUACAUGAGCCUCUCAGCAUGGAAUUGCUCACCUCCAAACCUACCUGAAAGUGCCCAGUGGGGAAACUGGAAACUAAGCCUCCGUAGCCAGGGAAACCUUAGAGACUGAAAUUCCAUGGGUGUUGUAGGGCUACUGAAGGUUGUCUUUGUGUGCGUUGGUGUGUGCAUGCAUGAGUGUGUGUGUAUGUGUGCGUUUUGUGUGCAUGUGUGUGCAUGUGUGAGUAUGUGCGAUGUGUGUGUGUGUGUUUGCAUACAUGAGUAAUAGCUCAUGCAUCUUAGGACCAUGUGUCUCUAAUAAAACCAUUUGUUAGACUCAGCAAACGUUUCUAGAGCAACCACAGGUUUGAAUAUUUUACAGCUAAGGGGCAUCAGGCAAGCUGUGCCCUCUCUGAGCCUCAAUUUUGUGUCUGCACAACUUGGGUCUACUUUGCCAGGAUUGUGAGAAUUCAAAGAAACCAGGCAAAGGACAGAGUCCUAACCUGAGCAUGCUGGGUGCUGUCCUUGGUCCUGGAACCGCUAUCACAAGAGCAUCCACGCCCUGUGCUAAGGUAUUGCCUGCUAGUUUGCUUUCUAUUGUUGUGAUGGUGUGAACCACCGUGCCCAGCUUAGAGCAGAUUUAUAUAUAUACAUAUAUAUAUAUGUAUAUAAAGGAUAAUUUCCUUUUUGGAAAUAGGGUUUCAUGCAUCCUAGGGUAACCUCAAACUCACUAUAUAUCUGGGAAGACCUGGCAUGGGUCCUUCUGUCUCCACUUCAUAGGUGCUGGGAUUACAGGUUCCUGAUACCUGCCUGGUUCUGCAGUGUUGGGGCUUUGAGCAUGCUCAAACUUACUGACUAAGCUGCAUACCCAGCCCUUACAAAGGAUAAUUAUGUAUCUUUUUUUUUUCUAAAGCAAAUGACAGAAACCCAAAUGGACUUACAAUCAAAACAGUGACAUACUGGCUGAGAGAACAGAAGGAUCCAGGGGUAUUCCUAGUAGCUCCAGAAACAUUUCUGGAUGACACAGCACAGUCUCGGGGCUCCCUUCACGCUUGGCUUCUCUGUCCAUGCCUCAGCCUCAGGCAUGUCUGCUCAUUCAGCCAGAGCUUCAUGUCCAGACUGUGUCCAUGAAGAAAGUAACUGUUUAGUUCCAACCAGAGUUCCAGAAAUGAGCCUCGGUGAAUGGGCUCAGACCAGUGCUCACUCUGUGCCUGUCUCGGUAGUUCAUGGGAUCUUGGGUGUUGAUCAGCAAGAUAGAAGUUCGUUCCAUGUUUUGGAACUGAGCGAGUAGAGCACAUGAACUCUGUGCUGAAGGGCAGAAGGGCUGGUUCUUCAAAUGAAACAAAGGGUGCUUCCAGGAGACGGAAGCUGGGUUCUCAGCAGUGGGAUGAGCUACAGGAUAGUGGAGUCAGAAGCUGAACUAAGUGGAGUGUUGCAGCCUGCAAAGCAGUCUUGAGUGGGAGGCUCCCUGAUCUGUCCCCACCUCUGCCAUCUGAGCCUCCACAGCAGGAGUGACACUGGCAAAGCAUCUCUCCUCUUUCUCCUGGCUUGCCUGAGUUCCACUUAGAAAGGGACAGCUGAAGUGUCUCAGUGACUUAAAGGAGCUUGCCAAUGUAACCAGCAGAGGAUAAAGUGUUCAAGGGAGAAAGGCAAAUGGAAAAGUCUGGAACGAAGGAACAGCUUGGCUUCUAGGAAACUGGGCCUAGGCACAGCUGCAGAUGUGGGAUGCAGUAAGAUCCCACCCCAUGGACAGGCUGUGCUGCAAUAAGACUCCACCCCUCCACCCCCAAAAGGACAGGCUGUACAUAUUACUGAGUGCUGUUCGCUAGCUUCAGGUCCACCCUGCGUACUCUCUCAGGUAGGGUCCUGGUUGUGGGUAAGAGUAGCAGGUCCUCUUUCAGGCCAAGCCACUGUUUACUGUCAGGUGUUUCUCUAGAGUCCCUGUUUCUCUGUCUCCUUGGUAGCCUGGGCCCUUGAGUGAAUAUGACCAGGAACAGAAGAGCCACGAUGGACAAAUGAGAAAUAAAUCUUUGUUGAUUAAAGCCACUGAUACUUUGGGGACCAUUUGUUACCAUGACAAAACCUAUUCUGACUGCUACACGGGCCUCUCUAGUCUAGAUGGAAAGAGAGGGGCUAAGAACUGAGAAGAGAAGAGAUUCCCCAAUUCUAACCCCAAAGAAGCUUUAGGAGGAAGAAAUGUAUGGAUCACGGGCCCAGAAAUCAAACCUCCUGGGGCCCCUCUCAGCCAGCUUCGCAGUUCUGGGAUAAGGCUGGUCCUUGCCUAACUCUCAGCUGCCUCAUCUGUGUAAAGUGGAAAUGUUGACUUAACGGGGUUUCAUGUACUGCUUAGAGCAAACUACAGAUGUAGGCAAGGGCAUAGUACUAUCCAAUAAACACAUUGUUACUUCCUCAUGUACACCAUGCCCUAAUCGACAACGGCCUCCCUUCAGUGUCCAAACCCCAAGCCUUCAACAUUUCUUCCACACUGUGAACCCAAAUUCAGAUCCAGGAGAGCACUGUAGGGGUAUUAAUAGAAUACAGGAGAAUAGCCUGGGCAUACAACAACUGCUCUCACACACACACCACACACACUCACACCACAUACAAAACAUACACAUACACACACACACACACACACUGGAGCAGCCUGUAGAUCAGCUCUACUCUCUAAUGUGUUUGUCUAAAAAGCUGAAGUUGGGGAGUAUGAUCAUCUGGGUAAAAGAGGUUAUAAAUACACACAUGUAUUAAAAAUCAAUUUUAGGGCCACCAAGAUGCCUCAGUGAAUAAUGGGGUUUGCUAUCAAGCCUUACAACCUGGCUUUCAUCCCCGAAUCUCACAUAAGGAGAGAAAUGACAAGCUGUUUUCUGACUUCCACACAGGCACUAUGCAACGCACUCACAUGCACACGCACACACACGUGCACACACACACACAUCUUUAAAAAAAUUAUUUUCCCAGACAACAGCUUCUAUUGAAAAUUGGUAAACAAAACCAAUUGGCUCCUCCCCUCCCAACAGGCACCUAGAACAAGAGAGCCAUUUCGAUAUGACCCUGUGCCCUGUCUCCCUGCCUGUCUGGCCCUGAGGCCCAAAAUCUGUACAUUCACAUCUGGAGCUUUGGUUGUGAAUAGAAACACACACACACACACACACACAUAUACAUAUGCAGAUAUACACAUAUACAAGAGAGCAGAAUAAAGCAAAACAUUUUUCAUAACCUUCUCUAUAAAAAGUGGGAAACAAAAGACAGACCGAGAGAGGGCCUCGUGUCUCAAGAAAUAUAGGAGAGCUCAUAUCUCUUUGUGGAAGCCAAGACCAUUCUUAUAUCAUCUGGCCUGCAGCACCAAUUUAUAUUAUCGAUCGGCGCUGGAGGCGUUUGAGUGUGUGACCGUCUUCACCCUUCUCAUUCUCCUCCUGGCCAGAAGUGGGACCCUCUCUUUCAGAUCCCUCGCCCUGUGCACACCGAGAGCGUUUAUUUUCCUUCUCUAGGGCAGCCUUCUGUUUAUUUUAACCAGCUUAGGGAAUGGGGGUGGGGAAUAGGAGAUCCUCCAGCGGUCAUUCUGCUGGGAUCCAGAGACGCCCCGUGACUUGCCCAAGGUCACAGAGCCAGAAGAAUGUGACACUUCUAUUCUACCCCAGGAGUUUGUAGCUCCCAAAACCCUUCUGGUUCCUGCAUCACGCCCACGUCUCCAGCGCCGCGCGCGCUCGGGGCGCAAACAACACGACGCUCCUUACAGGCUGCGCUGCGCCCUAAGGUUGUUUCCUUUGGGCCAGCGGCGUGGAGGGAUUAAGAAAGCCUGGGGCCACGCUGCUACGCUUGCCCCUGAAGCCCACCAGGCUGUCUUGGGGAGGCGGAUGGUGAGACGGUGGGGGCCUGGCGGCUCCUGCGCGCCGGCUGGGCCCCGGGACCUCUCCUGCAGUCCCCCAUCCAAGCCGCCCGCCAGCUGCCUACCACGGCGCGCUGACGAUCUCGGAGCGCAGCCCGGAGGCAGGGGUGCAAGCAGGGACUGCAGCGGAACCUGCCUGGGGCACUCCAGAGUCGAGCUGCUCUCCGCAGGCUGGCGCUGCGCCGGGGUCGCCGCAGCCCGGGGCCCCUCCCGGGCCACCUGUGCGCCGACUGGCGGACCAGGGUGAUGCCAGAUCCGGAAAAGCAAUCCACUCCGGGAUCCAGAGUCCUGUCUCUGUCCCUGGAGACUGAGAGGGGUGGUGGGAGGCCUCCCCGCCCACUACCCCAGCUCCUCCCUGGGGGAGCCUCAGGCGUUGCCCGAAGGGAUCCCCGGUGCAGGGGGUGGCCCGCGCUCGCAGCGCCGCCCGGCCCCUCCUCCCCCGCCCCGCCCCGCCUCCGCCCCGCUCCGCCGCUCCAGUCCGGAUUUUGCGGCGCCCGCCGGCCCGCUCCCCGGCUGCGGGCUCCGCGCGGCGGCUGGCUCGGUGCGCGGCGCGGCUGGCGCUGCGCUCCGCCCCGGCUGCAUUGCUGCGCUCCGGGUGCCCAGGGGAGCCACGCGCCGCGUGCGCCCCGCAGCCGGCCGCCCGGAGGCAGCGCUGUCCUCUGGCAUGGGCCCCGGGGGCGCCCCGAGGUGGGGCUCUCGGCUGAGGCGCUGACAGCCUCUCUCCCGCCCGCGGGGCCCCUAGUCCAGCCCGCUCGUCCGCCCGCGGCCAUGGCCGUCCGGCCCGGCCUGUGGCCAGCGCUCCUGGGCAUAGUCCUCACUGCCUGGCUUCGUGGUUCGGGUGCCCAGCAGAGUGCCACAGUGGCCAACCCAGUGCCUGGUGCCAACCCGGACCUGCUGCCCCACUUCCUGGUAGAGCCGGAGGACGUGUACAUUGUCAAGAACAAGCCCGUGCUGCUGGUGUGCAAGGCUGUGCCCGCCACCCAGAUCUUCUUCAAGUGCAACGGGGAAUGGGUUCGCCAGGUCGAUCACGUCAUUGAACGCAGCACUGACGGCAGCAGCGCAGGAUUGCCAACCAUGGAGGUCCGGAUCAACGUAUCAAGGCAGCAGGUCGAGAAAGUGUUUGGGCUGGAGGAGUACUGGUGCCAGUGUGUGGCAUGGAGCUCCUCAGGAACCACCAAAAGCCAGAAGGCCUACAUCCGGAUUGCCUAUUUGCGCAAGAACUUUGAGCAGGAGCCGCUGGCCAAGGAAGUGUCACUGGAGCAAGGCAUUGUGCUACCUUGUCGCCCCCCGGAAGGAAUCCCCCCAGCUGAGGUGGAGUGGCUCCGAAAUGAGGACCUCGUGGACCCCUCCCUCGACCCCAAUGUGUACAUCACACGGGAGCACAGCCUAGUCGUGCGGCAGGCCCGCCUGGCCGACACUGCCAACUACACCUGCGUGGCCAAGAACAUCGUGGCCCGUCGCCGAAGCGCCUCUGCGGCCGUCAUUGUUUAUGUGAACGGUGGGUGGUCGACGUGGACCGAGUGGUCCGUCUGCAGUGCCAGCUGUGGGCGUGGCUGGCAGAAACGGAGCCGGAGCUGCACCAACCCGGCACCUCUCAACGGGGGCGCCUUCUGUGAGGGGCAGAAUGUCCAGAAAACAGCCUGCGCCACUCUGUGCCCAGUGGAUGGGAGCUGGAGCCCAUGGAGUAAGUGGUCAGCCUGCGGGCUUGACUGCACCCACUGGCGGAGCCGGGAGUGCUCCGACCCAGCGCCCCGCAACGGAGGUGAGGAGUGCCGGGGUGCUGACCUGGACACCCGCAACUGUACCAGUGACCUCUGCCUGCACACCUCUUCCGGCCCCGAGGACGUGGCUCUCUACAUCGGCCUCGUCGCCGUGGCCGUGUGCCUCAUCUUGCUGCUGCUGGUCCUCGUCCUCAUCUACUGCCGCAAGAAGGAAGGACUGGACUCAGACGUGGCUGACUCAUCCAUCCUUACCUCAGGCUUCCAGCCUGUCAGCAUCAAGCCCAGCAAAGCAGACAAUCCCCAUCUGCUCACCAUCCAACCGGACCUCAGCACCACCACGACCACCUACCAGGGCAGCCUGUGUCCCCGGCAGGAUGGACCCAGCCCCAAGUUCCAGCUCUCUAAUGGUCACCUGCUCAGCCCACUGGGCAGUGGCCGCCAUACGCUGCACCACAGCUCCCCCACCUCUGAGGCUGAGGACUUCGUCUCCCGCCUCUCCACCCAAAACUACUUUCGUUCUCUGCCCCGCGGUACCAGCAACAUGGCCUAUGGGACCUUCAACUUCCUCGGGGGCCGGCUGAUGAUCCCUAACACAGGAAUCAGCCUCCUCAUACCCCCGGACGCCAUCCCCCGAGGAAAGAUCUACGAGAUCUACCUCACUCUGCACAAGCCAGAAGACGUGAGGUUGCCCCUAGCUGGCUGUCAGACCCUGCUGAGUCCUAUCGUUAGCUGUGGGCCCCCAGGAGUCCUGCUCACCCGGCCAGUCAUCCUUGCCAUGGACCACUGCGGGGAGCCCAGUCCCGACAGCUGGAGCCUGCGCCUCAAAAAGCAGUCCUGUGAGGGCAGCUGGGAGGACGUGCUGCACCUUGGUGAGGAGUCGCCCUCUCAUCUCUACUACUGCCAGCUGGAGGCCGGGGCCUGCUAUGUCUUCACCGAGCAGCUAGGCCGCUUUGCCCUGGUGGGAGAGGCCCUCAGCGUGGCUGCCACCAAGCGCCUCAGGCUCCUUCUGUUUGCCCCUGUGGCCUGUACGUCCCUCGAGUACAACAUCCGAGUGUACUGCCUGCACGACACCCACGAUGCUCUCAAGGAGGUGGUGCAGCUGGAGAAGCAGCUGGGUGGACAGCUGAUCCAGGAGCCCCGUGUCCUGCACUUCAAAGACAGUUACCACAACCUACGUCUGUCCAUCCACGACGUGCCCAGCUCCCUGUGGAAGAGCAAGCUCCUUGUCAGCUACCAGGAGAUCCCUUUUUACCACAUCUGGAAUGGCACUCAGCAGUAUCUGCACUGCACCUUCACCCUGGAGCGCGUCAAUGCCAGCACCAGCGACCUGGCCUGCAAGGUGUGGGUGUGGCAGGUGGAGGGAGAUGGACAGAGCUUCAACAUCAACUUUAACAUCACUAAGGACACGAGGUUUGCUGAAAUGCUGGCUCUGGAGAGUGAAGGGGGGGUCCCAGCCCUGGUGGGCCCCAGUGCCUUCAAGAUCCCCUUCCUCAUUCGGCAAAAGAUCAUUACCAGCCUGGACCCACCCUGCAGCCGGGGCGCCGACUGGCGAACUCUAGCCCAGAAACUUCACCUGGACAGCCAUCUUAGCUUCUUUGCCUCCAAGCCCAGCCCUACAGCCAUGAUCCUCAACCUAUGGGAGGCGCGGCACUUCCCCAACGGCAACCUCGGCCAGCUGGCCGCAGCUGUGGCCGGACUGGGCCAGCCAGAUGCUGGCCUCUUCACCGUGUCAGAGGCCGAGUGCUGAGACCAGCCAGGCCGGUCACGCCUACACUCUCACCAGCUUUGGCACCUGCCAGGGACAGGCAAAAGCCAGACAGGGGCCCUACCCCCACACCCGGGGAGAGCUGCUUGGACAGGCCCCCCUCCUGGCUGAAGUUGUCCCUCGAUGCUGGUCCUUCAGACCCUGCCCAAACUCCAUCCCUCCAUGGCCUGCCUGGCCAGGUUGGUUUAGCCACCUGUUCUCGCUCUGCCCUGGUCCCGGGGCCCAGAGUGGACAGUGCCUGGAGCCUGGGCUGAGCCCAGCCCAUCUGUGUGUGUGUGUGUAUGUGUGUGAUGCUACCUCUCUUCCUGUCCCUUGCCAGGGGCCCCGCAUACACACAGCAUGCGCACACAUGCUGGGCUUGGGACACGGCCCCCAGAGCUCCUGCCUGAGGUGGGCCUUAUGCAAACAUUUCUGUGCCUGCUGGGUAGGGGUCUAUUUGAGGGGCCUGGCUUCAAGCCUGGGGGGACUAAGGGUCCCAGCUGGACAGGGGCUGGCCCUUGGAUUCAGGCACACGAUCACCACACAGGCGUGUGUUCAUGCAUGCCUCGUGUGCUCAUCUCACACGCACCCCUCUCCCAGGUCAUGCAGGACCCCUCCCCCCACCACACACACAUCUCAUGCUGUGCACCCGGAGGCUGCUCACGUCUCUCACACCCGGUGUCGGUGUCGGUACACAUCUGCCUCUCACAUGCUGCCCUUCUCCCACCCACCCAGGGACACCCGACGGCUCCUCCCUGAUCCUUUCCCUGUACCCCGGCCUCGAGGUGCCCUGCCCAGCGGGGCGUGUGAAUAUGCAAUGGGAGUCCCGGGCUGUACAAUGGCAAGUGUGUGUGCCGUGGCGUGCCCGUUCCUGGGGCUGGCCAAUGCCCCUGUGUGGGGCCUGUUGUGUGAAGCUUGUGUCCUGACUCUGUCUUAAGUGCAUUCCUGCACUUACACUUGGCCUUAUGUACACAGCCUUGCCCGGCUGCCGGGGCACGUAGGGAUUUUAGCGGAUGUGAAUGUAAAUAAAUUAUAUAUAUAUAUUGCUAA